AUUACGUACUGCUCAUCCUGCUCACCAUUUCGCGAACAUUUUUUUUUGCUUAAGAAUUUUAUGCUCACUUUAAAGUUUCUUCCCACAGCUGACCGCUUUUCUUUUGGCGCUGCAUAAGCAUUUAUCAUUCACCCCAAGGGGAGAAAAGAAAUAGAGCUGCCUCGUUUGAAGGAAUCUCUUUUACAAUCAUUUGAAACGAUCCGUAGUCAAGAUGGUGCGAAUGAGCGUGCUGGCCGACUGCCUAAAAACGAUUAACAACGCGGAGAAGAGAGGAAGGCGACAGGUGCUGAUAAGGCCCUCGUCCAAAGUCGUGGUGAAGUUCCUCCAGUACAUGCAGAAGAAGGGCUACAUUGGAAAUUUUGAAAUUGUGGAUGACCACCGAUCGGGCAAAAUUGUGGUCAACCUGUUGGGCCGAAUCAACAAGUGCGCCGUCAUAUCCCCCAGGUACGACGUGAAGCUGGACGAGAUCGAAAAGAUCAUCACCAACAUCCUGCCGAGCAGACUGUUUGGUCACCUAAUCCUGACGACCCCCUACGGCAUUAUGGAUCACGAGGAGGCGAGAAGGAAGCACACGGGAGGCAAGGUGUUGGGCUUUUUCUUUUAAGGUUAAGUAGGCUGCGUGCCUGCUAGGAGGGAAGGCACUCACCCAACCGAUUUGCUGCGAGAGGUGUUAUCUUCCAAACGAGGAUGUCACGUCAGUGGGGCGAGACCCACCCGAGGGGCACCCAAAGGAAGAAGCUAAGCUCAUGCUGAGGAGGUGAACACAAGUAGAAGAGAAUGACCGUACGGAGCGCACAGACCAGCUGCUCCCCCCUCGCCCCUUUGCAAAGGUGCGUGACUGCACACCGCUUCGACGCUUAAUUGGAGAGAAAGUCAUUUUUUUUUUUUUUUUUUUUUCCCAAAUUGAAAUCCGCGCGCGAUUGUCCGUCUGUUUACUACAUCCGUGUGUGCGCGUGGAGUUAUGCACGAGGUCGCGGGCGACCGCACGAAAACAAAGAGUGCCCGGAAGGGGCCAACUGAGCCGAAUGAACUAAAACGAAAUGGAUG